AUGUUGGAGGAAUAUAAUGCUCUUCUAGCCCAGGGUACUUGGUCAUUGGUUCCUCUACCCUCUUCAAAAUCUGCCAUAGGCUGCAAAUGGGUUUUUCGCAUUAAGCGUAAUUCAGAUGGAUCUAUUGCUCGUUAUAAGGCUCGUUUGGUUGCCAAGGGGUUUCUUCAACAAGAGGGCAUUAACUAUACUGAAAAUUUUAGUCCUGUUGCCAAACAACCCACCAUUCGCAUUUUAUUGUGUGUUGCCUUGCAUUACAAUUGGCCUCUCAAGCAACUAGAUAUCAGUAAUGCUUUUCUUCAUGGAGCCUUGGAGGAGGAAGUUUACAUGACUUAG